AUGAAGAAAGCGACACUCAAUACAGCGAAAGCUCUAAACCUAAUUGGCAUUGGUGAAACAAACUCCACAGUACGGCAAAAAUUACAUGCCACUGUGAGAUCACGUAUUAAUUCUUAUGAGUUUUCUACUGAUUUUUGGGUAAUGCCUUCAAUCUCCACUUACCAACCCGACAAAUUUGUGUCAAUGAGUAAUUGGAAUGUUCCUUCCAAUCUUUCACUUGCUGAUGCACACUUUCACAAACCGCAAAAGAAAGAUCUUCUACUUGGUGCCGAAAGCUUUUUCGAACUGUUGUCGAUUGGACAAAUAAAACAAGAUACUAAUUUUCCAACGCUCCAGAAAACAUUACUCGGAUGGAUUGUAUCUGAAAGAUUCAAACAUGCCGAAAGCCCCAAUGCUAAAAUUUGCAAUCUAAUAAGCUUAGAUAAAGAAAAGUUGACAGAUGACUGUUCCUUAAACUGUCUUGUACAAAAAUUCUGGAAAUUAGAAGAAAUUCCUAAGGAGAUUAAGGUUAAGAAAUAUACUGCGGAACAACAACUUUGCGAGACAAAAUUCGUCAGCACUGUUCAACGUACACUGUCUGGCAGGUUUAAGGUGAAACUCCCCUUUAAAUCUGAUCCAAGUCUUUUAGGAUUCUCAUUCCAGACAGCAAAAAGCCGUUUUCUAUCAUUAGAGCGCAAACUUUCUCAUGACUCCAUCUUACAGAAUCUCUAUAUGGAUUUUAUGAAAGAAUAUCGGAACUUAGGUCAUAUGACACCAACCAACGAGAAUUUUUCUGCAACCCCUCACUACUUCAUACCCCAUCAAUGUGUUCUGCGACCACAGAGCACCUCUACUAAGCUUCAGGUUGUAUUCGACGCAUCAAGUCGAACAUCUUCGCAGAUGUCAUUGAAUGAUCUACUAAUGGUCGGCCCGAUCGUGCAAGAAGAUUUAUAUUCAAUUUUGAUUCGUUUCCGCAUGCAUAAGUAUGCAAUAACUGCUGACAUUGUUAAAAUGUACCGUCAAAUUGAAGUUGACGAGGCAGACAGAAUUUUUCAACUUAUACUUUGGAGAGAAAAUUCGUCCGACGAACUGAAGGUGUACAAAUUAAACACUGUGACUUAUGGUACGUCAUCUGCACCAUUCCUAGCUACUCGCUGCUUAACCCAUUUGAGCGAUAUUUAUCAACUUACUUAUCCCAGGGGAGCAAACUCAAUACGCAAUGACUUUUAUGUCGAUGAUUUGCUUACUGGUUCGGAUAAUUUUGAAAAUUUAGAAACAAUUCGAAAAGAAGUCAGUUAUAUUCUCAAUGAAGCAGGAUUUCAAUUAGCGAAAUGGUUCUCAAACCACUCAGCCUAUGAAAGCACCGAGCUGUUAGAAAAACCGUUGAAAGUCAAUGACAGUGAUAUUACAAAGGCCCUUGGAAUCCAUUGGUUGCCAAAGAGUGAUAUUUUCAAAUUUCAUUUAGAAGAAAAAUUCAAUCAUUUACGAGCCACAAAGAGAAAUAUAUUGUCGGUUUCAGCUCGACUUUUCGACCCCCUCGGUUUAAUUUGUCCAAUUAUCACUAAAGCAAAAAUAUUGUUGCAAGAACUUUGGCUUCAAAAACUUGAUUGUGAUGAAUCGAUACCUAUGCACCUUGACACCAGUUGGCAAGCCAUCAAAGCGGAUUUAUCUUCACUGGAUUCUAUCGCAAUUCCACGAUAUGUAAAUGUGAUCCCAAAUUCCAAAUGCGAAAUUCACGGUUUCGCAGACGCCUCGAUAAGAGCUUAUGGCUGUUGUAUUUACAUCCGAACUCGCGACUCUAAUGGUAUCCAUACAGCGUUGCUCACUGCUAAAUCAAGGGUUGCUCCGCUCAGUACAAAGUCUUUACCCAGACUCAAGUUAUGUGCAGCUCACCUUCUGGCUAAACUAUGGACUCGAGUACAGCCACUCAUUUCUGGUGCCGUCAAGAAUGCAUAUUUUUGGACUGACUCAGAAAUUACAUUAUAUUGGAUCAAGAGUCAUCCGUCAACACUCACAACAUUCGUGGCAAAUCGAGUGUCAGAAAUUCAAGAAUGGUCAAACGACGUUUUGUGGAGACACGUUCCGUCAAAACAAAAUCCAGCAGACAUAGUUUCAAGAGGUUGUACUGUCAACGAGCUUAAUACCUCAAUCUGGUUCAAAGAUCCCCCAUAUUUGCUUCAAGAUGCCACUAACUGGCCAAAAAAUAGUCAUUUUCCACGAUCAACAGAUGAAAAAAGUUUGGAGAAACGAAAGGUCAAGGUCGGACUUUUAGCAGUUGAAAUUGAAACUAAUGUCAUUUCAAAACUAAUCUGUAGCCAAUCAUCUUACCCAAGCCUGCUGAGAAUUUUCGCGUACAUUCUACGUUUUAUCACUAAGAAAAAUGAGAGAGCUAACGCUCUUAUUCCGACAACAAAGGAGCUUAAUUGGGCAUUCUUGAAAAUGGUUGAAUUCAUUCAAAAUCACGAAUUCAGGGAUGAGAUCGAAAAAAUGAAGAAGUCGCAUAAAUUGCCAGUUAGCAUUCAGAAACUAACUCCGUUCAUUCAUACAGUCCAAGAUGGUCCUCGAACAUGCAAUUUGCUUCGUGUAGGAGGUCGUCUACUAAACGCACCACUUUCUUAUGAUUCAAAAUUUCCCUUGCUGUUACCAAAAAAAUUGCAUUUUGUCGAGAUUUAUUUACGAUUUCUUCAUACAACCAAUUGUCAUGCUGGUCAAAAAGCCUUAGAAGUGCUGCUUCGUGAAAAAAUUUGGGUCAUAAAUUCAAGCAAGGCAUGCCUUAAAACCGUAAGAACAUGCAUACAUUGUUUUCGAUACAAACCUAAGCUGUUGACCCAAGUAAUGGCCGAUUAG